UUUCAAAGCUGCGGGGGAGGUUCGCUGGCCGGAGGGAGGGGCGCGGGCCGCGUGGAGCCUCCGCCUGCCAGUGCCGCGCCGACUGCGACGCCGCCCGCAUGCCGCAUCCGCCGCGUUCGACACUUAUCAAACAUAACAAAAACAUAACUGAAAAGUGCUUUCAAAUUGUGUUGCGUGUUAUCGGGUGACUAUAGUGUUUAGAUUCUUGUUUAGUGCUACUCGGGACGUACAUGUUAGACUACCGUAGAUUGUGUUUUGUCACGUGUUUACGAAUGAAUGUGACGGCGUAGGCGCAGCCGCGGCGGGUCGCACUCUCCGUGAGAUAUUCGUGCGCGCGCAGGUCGUCGCGGCCAUGCUGCAUACCUGACGAGAGCGAGUGCGCGAGUCUGCGCGAACGGGACACAGCGAGUGCUCCCGGCGCGCGUCAACUUUCGCUGACGAAGAACAACCCUGCGAUGUUUUUGUCGGUGUCAUGACGAGGAUGUGGCGAUGGCACGUGGCGCUGGUCGCGCUGGCGGCGCUCCUGGGCGCGGGCGUCGGCGCCGCCGCCGAGCAGAUGCAGUCCCGCGCCGUCGAUACCGGUGUCGACCUUCGCGUUCUCGAGGACCAGCCCGUCGGUACCAUCGUUGGCAGGAUCCCCACAAAACCCGGUUUCACCUAUCGUUUUAAUGAGCCGCCCAAGGAAUUCAUCCUCGACCCGGUGUCCGGUGAAAUCAGGACCAACUUGGUGCUCGAUAGGGAAGCCGUGGACCGCUACGCGUUCGUUGUGUUAUCCAGUCAGCCGACUUAUCCUAUAGAAGUGCGAUUACGGGUGACAGAUGUGAAUGACAAUUAUCCGGAAUUCCCCGAACCGAGUAUAGCGGUUGCGUUUUCUGAAAGUGCCGCGGCCGGGACAAAGUUAUUGCUCGAUGCGGCGACUGAUAUGGAUUUAGGAGAAAACGGUAUCACUAACGAUUACAGAAUAGUUGAUGGUGAUAAUGAGGGGAAGUUUCGGUUGAAUGUCACCGUUAACCCAAGUGGCCAAACAUCAUAUUUACACUUGGAAACAACAGGAAAGUUGGAUAGAGAAACAACAGACUUUUACAUCCUGAAUAUAUCAGCACGUGAUGGUGGUAACCCACCUAAGUACGGGUAUCUCCAAGUGAAUGUUUCUAUACUAGAUGUGAACGAUAAUCCUCCUAUAUUCGAUCAAAGUGACUUCUCAGUGUCUCUAAAUGAGAGUGUACCACCGGGGACCACAGUUCUAAAAGUAACAGCCACGGAUAGUGAUUUAGGUGAUAAUAGUAAAAUUACCUAUGAAGUGACCGAUACGGAACGACAGUUUGCAGUGGAUCCUGAGUCUGGAGUGAUAACAACAGCCAAGAAGCUGAAUUGCCCUAAGUAUUGUAGUAAUACUACUUGUAAUAUGACUUGUGUUCUAACUGUUAUUGCAAAAGACCAUGGCGUACCUCGGCAAGAUGCACGCACGUAUGUCACAGUCAAUCUCAUUGAUGCCAAUGAUCAUGAUCCUGUCAUAACGUUCACUUACGUUCCUCCUACAGCAAACUUUGCAACUGUAGACGAAAAUGCUAAAAAUGGGUCACUUGUAGCUGCUAUAACAGUAACUGAUUUAGAUGCGGGUUUAAAUGGUAUUACAAGCAUAAGUAUAGUUGCUGGUAAUGAACUUAACCAUUUUCGCUUAGAAAAUUCAUCCAGCGUGUAUAUAGUACAUGUAAAUGGUGUCUUAGAUAGAGAAGAAAUUAGCAAGUACAAUUUGACUGUAGUCGCUACUGAUAGAGGAUCACCUCCACGUACAGCUACCUCAUUUUUAGUUAUUCAUGUUAAUGAUGUUAAUGACCAUGAGCCUGUGUUUGAAAAAUCUGAAUAUUCUGCAGUUCUCACAGAGCUUGCUCCUUCUGGGUCUUACGUGGCCAGUAUAACAGCUACUGAUGAAGACACUGGAGUAAACGCUGAAAUAUUCUAUGACUUUUAUGAUGGAAAUCAACAACAGUGGUUUUCUAUUGAUCAUUUGACAGGUUUGGUCACAACAAAAUCAAUGUUGGACCGUGAAAUACAAGGUACGGUCGAGCUGAACGUUUCAGCAAGAGACGGAGGACCUAACCCUAAAUGGGCGUAUACUAGAUUGAAAAUCACCAUUUUAGAUGAAAACGAUGAAGCUCCGUGCUUCUCUCAGCCACAGAUAAAUGCUACACUACAUGAAAAUAUAAAGCCUAUCAAGGAAAUACUCAUUCUGACAGCAUCUGAUUAUGAUCAGGGUACGAAUGGAUCAGUCUCAUAUUAUUUACCAUCAAGCAUAGAGAGAAAAUACCCCAAUACCUUCAUAUUAGAUCCCAUUACGGGGCAACUUAGUACAGUGAUCGAAUUAGAUAGAGAAAGAAUACCUUUGUAUGAACUUCAAGUACUAGCGAAAGAUCAAGGAUUUCCUCCACAAUCUUCUACUGCCACAAUAUUACUGAAGGUUCUUGAUGUUAACGAUAAUGACCCCAUGUUUUACCCACAAAGGUAUAUUGAAAGUAUCAAUGAGGACUUGCCAGUGGGCACGAAUGUUUUACAAGUGAAAGCCUUAGACCUGGACGAAGGUGAAAAUGCUAGAAUUAUGUACAGACUGGAAAGUGGUGGUGACGGUUAUUUUGACAUAGAACCGUGGACCGGUAAUAUUGUUUUGCAAAAAGAUUUUAGAAAAGCCCCGGAAACUGUUUACACUUUAAAGAUAUCUUGCAAAGACAAAGGAAACAGACGUGCUUUUGAAGACGCUAUCGUUGAAAUAGUAAAAACAUCCCAACGUAAAAAUCUACAGUUUGAUGGUUAUAACGGCUACACAUUUAAAAUUCUUGAAGAUGAAGGAACGUCAAAGGCAGAGAUUGGACGUUUAGUAGGAAAAGUAAAUGCCAGGAUAUCUAGUGAUACAAUAUCAUACUACAUUUUGGAAGGGGACCCAAAACAUAUCUUCAAAAUGGACGAAAAAACCGGAGCAAUCACUACUGAUUCUAAUGUAGACCGUGAAGAUAAGAUGACUUACCAUCUCAAGGUUAUGGCGAAAACGGGAGUAGCCUUUGGAUUUACUACAGUAAACAUUUCCGUUCUAGAUGUAAACGACAAUUAUCCUAUAUUUAUUGAAGACAAGGAUGAAAUACACAUUCCUGAAAAUAUGGCAGUAGGACAAGAAGUGUACUUUGCUAGAGCUACAGAUCGUGAUUCAGGAUCGAACAGAACAAUCUUUUAUACGUUGAGUUAUAACCCUGAAAGUAACUUUCGGAUAUCAGAAACUACGGGAGUUAUUUAUUUGAACAAACCAAUUUCAAGUGAACCAGGUACUAUCAUGUUUAUUGAAGUAACUGCUACCGACAACGGAAGUCCCUCCUUAGCAGCAAAGCACUCCAUAUCCGUUGUUAUUGAUGACGUUAACGACCACACCCCUGUGUUUGAUCACACGUCAUAUGAGACAUCUCUACUUGAGUCUACAUUAGUCAAUACAAGAUUUUUCGCAAUUUCGGCGUCUGACGCUGAUCUAGGAGCUAGCGGUAGAAUAUCUUACUACAUCGCGGAAGGAAACACUGAUGGAAAGUUUGGCGUAUUCCCAGAUGGUUACCUAUACGUCAAAAGCCUUCUAGACAGAGAAGAACGUGAUUACUACUCGUUAACGAUAAUUGCGACUGACUACGGAAAACCAGCAAGAUCUUCCCAAGUGCCUGUGGUUAUUCAUGUCUUAGAUGAGAACGACAAUAGCCCACAAUUUACUAACACCACAUUCAUAUUCAAAAUUAAGGAAAAUGAACCACCUGAUACUUUCGUUGGAAAGUUAACAGCUACGGACAGGGACAUCGGUCGCAACGCAGAGCUUACGUUUUCACUGCCUAUAGCGCAAAAUGAUUUUAGAAUAGACUCUAGAAACGGUUUCAUAAAGACAUUGAAAUCAUUUGACAGAGAAAGCUUAGCACAAAAUAAUGGUCAAAAUUACAUAACCUUAACUGUAACAGUUAGUGAUAACGGUAAAGUUAAAUUGUCCGAUUCUGUACGAGUUACGAUUUACAUAACAGAUGUCAAUGACAACGCGCCUGUCUUUACGCGUACUCCGUAUAAGGUCGAGGUAUCUGAAGGUGCCGCUGUGGGAGCUUCUAUUAUGCGAGUGUACUCGACAGAUGCUGACGAGGGAUUGAAUGGUGACAUCUACUAUAAACUGAUAGGUGGUGAUGACUUGGGAAAGUUUACCUUAGAUGAAGCUACCGGACAAUUAUUGAUUAACAAACCGUUGGAUCGCGAAACAACUGACCACUAUCGCCUGACAAUCAUGGCACAUGACUCUGGUCAAACAAUACGCCUUUCUGCGACCACAACAAUUACAGUUGAUGUUUUAGAUGAGAAUGAUAAUGCACCGGUGUUUACUCAAACUCAAAUGAAAGUGUCGGUACUAGAAACUGAACCGGUAAAUAAAAAGAUAAUACAAUUCCAUGCCACUGACGCAGACUUGGGUAUAAAUCGAGAACUGCAGUUUUCCAUCUCAUCAGGGAAUAGGAAAGAAGCAUUCUUUAUCGACAGCUACUCAGGCGAGUUGUUUUUACACAAACAAUUAGACUACGAAGAUUUAACUUCGUACGUAUUGAACAUUACUGCGACAGAUAACGGUAAUCCAAGUUUAUCUUCAAGCAUAUUAUUUACCGUAAAUGUUAUCGACGCAAAUGACAACGCACCCAUCUUUACUAAUACGGCUAUUGUGCGGCAAAUCCGAGAAGGUAUUCCUAAGCACACACCAAUAGUGACAGUCACCGCAGAGGACCCAGAUUCAGGCUUAAAUGGUAAAGUUUAUUAUUCGAUCACGCACCAAGACCCUAAUGACAGCAAGCGGCACUUUGCCAUAAAUAACAUCACUGGGGUCAUACAUACUUUACUACCUAUUGAUAGAGAAAGUAUAGACACAUUCAGAAUAACCGUUGUCGCUUAUGAUAGAGCAGAGCCACCAUCGGCGAGGCUAUCUGCAGAGAAAUUAGUUACUGUAAUCGUGGAAGAUAUAAACGACAACGCUCCAGUUUUCGUAUCUAUGAAUGCAGCCGUGAUCAACACCGAGAGGCUAGGAAGAAGUGCCGGCCGUGGAAUAUUUAUCAUGAACGUUUUAGCCCGUGACUUAGAUUCAGGAACAAAUGGAUUGGUCACUUACAAGCUUAUCCACGGUGGCAACGAUCUAUUCGAUUUGCACCGAAGUAACGGCGCAUUGACUUUACGUUAUCCUCCUGCGACACCGGAGGCUCGCUGGAACUUAGUCAUAAAAGCUACAGAUGAGGCAGUGUUAAGUGAACAGAAGAGCACUGAGACCUAUCUCACAGUAAUUAUGGGCGGUGCAGACCUGCAAGGUGUCACCUGGACUAAUGUAGGUUCGGUAUCCGUGGCUGAAAACGAACCCGCGGGUACGGCCGUGUUAAACUUGACUAAUAACUAUAAAUCGGGCUUAGAAUAUUACAUAGUGAAUGUGACCGGUGAUGGUAGGCAAGUGGACAGGUUGUUUGACAUAGAUUCUUCGUUGGGAAUACUAUCCACAGCUGUGUCUCUCGACCGAGAAGCCGGCGUGGACCGGUACGAAGUGGAGAUAUGUGCAGUGUCUACAGGAGCACCGCUAAAAACGACAACGACUAAGGUCGAAGUGGUGAUCUUGGACAAGAACGACAGUCCCCCGGAGUUCAAGAAUAUUCCGCCAGCGUACCUGGCGUCUGAGGACCUGGCUCCUGGGCAGCGCAUCGCGACCAUCUCCGCAGAGGACCCCGACACCAUCGGGACCAUCACCUACACCAUACAAAAUGACGACCUGACCCCGUUCUCCCUCGACCCCCAAACCGGCGUCCUCACUCUCAAAGAUCCUUUGGACCGGGAAACGAUUUCCGAGUACCAAGUGAUCGUGAGAGCUGACGACGGCAUCCAGUUCACAGACGUAACAGUUGUUGUUCAGGUUACUGACACAAACGACAAUCCGCCAGUAUUUAAAGAAAGCGCAUAUUCUUUCGACAUUCCCGAAAAUGCUGCGAGAGGUUCUGUGGUUGGCACCGUGGCGGCCAUUGACCUCGACUCAGGACCAAAUGCCCAGCUCACUUACACCGUCAUCUCCGACUGGGCUAACGACGUGUUCUCACUCAACCCUCAGACAGGAGUGUUCACACUCACAGCCAGGCUGGAUUAUGAAGAGACACAACACUACAUUCUGGUAGCGCAGGCGCAGGACAGCGGUCACCCAUCUCUGUCUGGCACUGUUACAGUCUACGUCAACGUGAUUGACCUCAACGACAAUGCUCCCAUAUUUGACCCCAUGAGCUUCUCAAACGAGAUCCUGGAGGAUGUUCCUGUUGGCUCUUCAGUAGUCACUAUAAGUGCUACUGAUUUAGAUUCAGGAUUGAACGGCAAAGUGACAUACAGCAUCAGCUCAGGAGAUGAGGGCCAAGACUUCACAAUAGCGGAGAACGGAACGAUUUACACCGCGAAACUACUCGACAGAGAAACCUUGCCGAUAUACAACCUCGUUGUAACCGCUAAAGAUAUGGCUAAGCCGCCAGAACCUCAACUUUCAUCAACUGUACAGGUUACCAUACAGCUAAAGGAUGUCAAUGACAUGGCACCUGAGUUUGUUACACCCAAUAUAACCACAGUUUCCGAAAAUAUUCCAUUGAAUACAGUUGUUAUGACGAUAAAAGCUGUCGACAAAGAUGAGGGAAGAAACGGAUAUGUUGAAUACUUUAUGACGCCGGAUCCUGAUAUCAACGGUUACUUCUCUUUGGGUAAUGUUGACGGUAUAUUGCGAGCUACGGGAAAAUUGGACAGAGAACUUAAAGCAAGCUUUACAAUCACCGUCACAGCUAAAGAUAGAGGUGACCCACCAAACGUAACCAAAUCGAAAAUAAGAAUAAAUAUUUUGGACGAGAAUGAUAACAGUCCAGUAUUCGAUCCGAAGCAAUACAGCGCCUCAGUCCCAGAAAAUGCUAGUAUUGGAGCCAGUGUACUUCAAGUCUCGGCAACUGAUAUAGACGAAGGUGCAAAUGGACGAGUCAGAUAUUCAAUCGCUUCCGGUGACGAAAAUAGAGACUUCAGUAUAAGCGAAGAUACCGGUAUAGUUAGAGUAGCUAAAAACCUUAAUUUUGAACGAAAAUCUCGUUACAUGCUAACGAUUAGAGCAGAAGAUUGCGCAAAAGACGAUGUCAGAUUCGAUACGGCUGAAUUAUCUAUAUCAAUUCAAGAUAUAAACGAUAACCCGCCCACUUUCCUAGACUCACCGUACUUAGCGUACGUAAUGGAAAAUGUUAUUCCUCCAAAUGGCGGGUACAUAAUAACAAUUCAUGCUUACGACGCUGAUUCACCACCAUUUAAUAAUCAAGUUCGCUAUUUCAUAAAGGAAGGCGAUGCAGAUCUCUUCAAAAUAAAUGCUUCGUCAGGGCAAAUUUCCUUGUUGAGAACAUUAGAUCGUGAAGCACAGGAUGAAUACACUCUAGCCCUUGUAGCAAUGGAUACUGGUUCACCACCACUUACCGGAUCAGGAACAGUCAAAAUAGUAGUUCAAGAUGUCAAUGACAACAGCCCAGACUUUGAAAGACAAAGCUAUAGGACUAAUGUGAAAGAAAAUUUACCUUCUGGAACUGUGAUAUUGACUCCAAAAGCUACUGAUAAAGAUGUUGGAAACAACGCCAAGAUUAGAUACAGUCUCCUUGGUGACAAGUCAGAGAGAUUUCAAAUAGAUUCGGCGACAGGUAUUAUAUCUACAAAUGCCACUUUAGACAGGGAAGACUGGGAUAUUUACUACCUUAUUAUUAUGGCCCAAGAUUCAUCAACAACUGACCCAAGAACGGCUACUGCAAACCUUACAAUAAUAGUGGAAGAUGAAAAUGAUAAUACACCAACGUUUGCUCACCCCGUUUACGAAGCGCAUAUUUCUGACAGAACCGUGAAAGGUGAUUUUGUGUUUGGAGUCAAAGCAAGUGAUAAUGACAUUGGGCUAAACAAAAAGAUUACCUACGAUUUAAAGGGAGAGCACCAAAACUUAUUCACAAUUAAUAGAGAAACUGGAGUAAUUAAAGCUAAUGAUAACCUUAUGAAAUAUAAAGAUAAAAACGGAGCAACAUUCAAUCUCUUAAUAAUUGCAACAGACAGUGGGGCAAUUCCAAGACAGAGUACUGCGGAGCUAAUUUUAAUACCAAAAUCAGUGAAAAACUUCCCAAAGUUUACAGUUACAAAUAAACUUACAUUCACUUUUUCUGAAGAUACACCUGAGGGAGUUUUGGUUACUAGGUUAUCAGCUACAUCUCCGAAAAAAGGUCCAACUGGUUUACUCCAAUAUGGUAUCGCAGGAGGAAACGUCGGAGACGCUCUGAGAGUAGAACCAAUGAGUGGAGAAGUGUUUAUCACUGGCAAAGGCCUCGACUAUGAAACAAUGCCUUUGUAUGAAGUCUGGUUCGAAGUCAGAGAUUCAGAUAAUCCACCAUUGAAGUCAUUCAUCGAAAUUGAAAUAAAAGUUACUGAUGCUAAUGACAAUCCUCCGGUGAUCGAAAACGCUUUAUACAAUGCGACAGUUUUAGAAGAAGAAUAUCCACCUCAAUUGGUUAUUAAGAUUGACGCCCACGACGAUGAUUCAAAUGAAAAUGGCAGAAUAUCGUUCAAAUUAGUCAAUGAUUAUGAUGAGACAUUUAGAAUCGAUGCAGAAACCGGAGAAAUUAAUACCAACAUAGCGUUAGACAGGGAAUCAAUUCCAUUUUAUGAACUGAUUGUAGAAGCUGUAGAUCAUGGAGUACCACAAUUGGUAGGAACAUCAACUGUGAUAGUUACAGUUUUAGACAAAAAUGAUAAUCCACCAAGAUUUACACGACUUUUUAGUGUCAAUGUAACAGAAAAUGCAGAAAUCGGAUCAUUUGUGAUACGAGUCACAAGUUCUGAUUUAGAUUCUGGGCCCAAUGCGAAUGCCACUUACAAUUUUGUUGAAAACCCAGGAGAGAAGUUUAUAAUAGACCCAAUAAGUGGAAAUGUUACAGUAGCCCGACCUCUUGACAGAGAAUUACAGGACGAAUACAUUUUGAAAGUUGCAGCAACAGACGGAGCUUGGCGUUCAGAGACUCCUUUGACUAUCACCAUACAAGAUCAAAAUGACAAUGCACCAGAAUUUGAAUAUUCAUACUAUAGUUUCAAUUUCCCGGAACUGCAAAAGAAAAACAGUUUUGUUGGACAAGUUAUUGCUACGGAUAGAGACAAACAAGGCCCAAAUUCUAUCAUAUCGUAUUCUCUGCAACAGCCAUCAGACUUAUUCUCCAUUGAUCCUGCCACUGGAGAGAUUCUUAGUAAAUUCAAGAUGAAUUACAAAAGAACAUCUGUCAACUCAUCUCCAGAAAAUACAUAUUCAGUUAUUGUAGUUGCUACAGAUAAUGGAAAACCGCCAAUGUCUUCAGAAUGCUUAGUGACGAUCAAUGUCGUUGAUGCUAACAAUAACGCACCGAAGUUCAAGACACAUGAAAAGUUUGUACCGGUACCAAAAGACGCAACCUCGGGUGAACGAAUAAUAAAACUAACUGCAGAAGACAAUAUGGACUUCGGUAUCAAUGCUGAAGUUGAAUAUUAUGUAUCUGGCGGAAAUGGAACUGCGUAUCUUACAAUUGACAAGAGCAGUGGUUGGAUAGUUGUUAGUAAACAGUUCUACUACUUAGGGCAGUACUACGAACUCAAAAUAAAAGCUGUUGAUCGCGGCGUACCACCACAAUCUGAUGAGACUACCGUCAUAUUUGUGGUGACUGGAGAAAACAUCUACAGCCCUAAGUUUACAGCCCUGAGUUAUCAAGUAAUUGUUCCGGAAAACGAACCUAUUGGCUCUCCCAUCCUAACUGUUAAAGCAAGUGACGAAGAUGAAGGGCCUAAUGGGAUUGUGAGGUAUUCUAUUUCAUCAGGAAACGCUGGCAAAGAAUUUCAAAUUCACCCCAUAUCAGGCACAAUUAGUAUUUUACGGCCGCUUGAUUUUGAUACCAUCCAAGAAUAUAGGCUAAAUAUAACUGCAAAAGAUCUUGGUUUCAAGUCGAAAGAGACUAUUGCCACUCUGACCAUAAUUUUGACCGAUAUCAACGAUAACGCGCCGCAGUUUAACCAAACAGAAUAUGUGGCAAAUUUACCUGAAAAUUCUCCUGUAAACAGUUUUAUAUACAGAGUUACUGCAGUUGAUAUUGAUUCACCAAAGAACGCCAUCAUUAAAUAUUUCAUCAAUAACGACAUGGCUUCGUUAUUUCACAUCGAUGUCAAUACUGGGGAAAUAUUUUCCAAAGAAGUGUUUGAUUAUGAGGAGAAAAGAUUGUACACAUUGGAAAUAAGAGCUGAAAACCCUGAUUCUAUAAUGCGAAACACAACGAAAGUAAUAGUUCACAUAACAGGUGUAAAUGAAUACUACCCCAAGUUCAAGCAACCUGUAUUUCACUUUGAUGUAUCUGAAUCUGCUGAAGUUGGUGCGAACGUUGGAGUCAUUCAGGCUACUGAUCAAGACAGUGGUGAUGAUGGAAUUAUUUACUAUUUGUUUGUCGGUUCCAGCAACGAUAAGGGAUUUAGUAUUAAUUCACAAACAGGUGUAAUUCGUGUUGCGCGAUACUUGGACAGAGAAACACAAAACAGAGUGGUCCUAACGGUACUCGCUAAAAAUUUUGGUGGUAUCCAUGGUAAUGAUACUGAUGAAGCACAAGUCAUAAUUUCAAUUCAGGAUGGCAAUGACCCACCUGAAUUCCUCCGCCAUUUCUAUGAAGCAACUAUUUCUGAAGGAGCCAGUAUUGGACAAGAAGUAAUACAAGUCAAAGCAGUCGAUAAAGACGUCCGUCCACAAAAUAACCAGUUUAGUUUCUCAAUCAUUGGAGGUAACACUAACCAAGAUUUCAAAAUUGACCCUCAAACCGGAGAAAUUGAAGUCGCACGCCAUUUGGACAGAGAAACUUUGUCAAUGUAUUCAUUGAUUGUUGGCGCCAUUGACACUGGAGUUCCACCACAGACUGGUACAGCAACGGUCAAGAUCACGUUAUCAGACAUCAAUGACAAUGGCCCUAUAUUUGACGUGUCCAGCUUUGAAGGGUCUGUCUAUGAGAAUGAACCGCCUAAUACAAGCAUCACGACCCUUUCGGCUAAAGACCCAGAUUUGCCACCCAACGGAGCUCCAUUUUCAUAUGCUAUUGUCGGAGGACCGCAUGAGAGCUAUGUGAAGGUUCACAAACACACAGGCGUGCUUUUGACAACUAAAAAGAUAGACAGGGAGUUAACGCCCAAGUUAGAAAUUGUUAUACAAAUAGAAGAUAGUGGUACACCUGUAAUGAAAUCCAAUUACACAAUAUUCAUUAAAGUGUUGGACAGAAAUGACAAUCCUCCAACUCCAAGAUCUGCUCAUGUUAUUGUGUAUGCCUUUAACAACAAAGUUCCUCGUGGUAAAAUUGCCGACGUUAAACCAAACGACCCGGAUAUUACUGGAGACUACAAAUGCAAGAUCAUUAAGGAAUCUACCUCCGAAAACACUAUAUCACUUCUCAAUAUCAGAUCAGGAUGCAACCUUUACACGAACGCUGUCAAACCUGGUCAAGGAUAUUCCUUUUCCGUGUCAGGAAAUGACGGCGUCCAUCGAGAUGUCAUAUCUUCCAUUAGUGUAGAAUACUUUUCUUUUGACAAUACUACCGUCGAGCAAUCUGUAACUUUGAGAAUAUUGAACAUGACUGCAUCAGACUUCCUUACUCAUUACUAUCGCAGUUUAUUGGAAACAUUAAAAGAAAGUCUCAAAAGCACAGAAAGUAUUUACAUGUACAGCAUCAAUGAAGUAGAUGGACAUUUGGAUUUGACGAUUGCAACAAAAGGCAAUCACACUACUUGGAAAAGAGAAACCACGGAAAAGUAUUUGAAAGCAAAAGAACUACAAAUAACAAAGCUAUUGAAGAGUCAAAUAAUAGUAGCGUACUUUCCAUGCGCCUCUCAACAGUGCCAAAAUGAUGGCCUUUGUACGGAUUCAAUAAGAGUUUUAGAUGAUACGAAAAUAAUUGAAAGUCCGUCUCUGAUUUUAUCAUCACCCUUAGUAAAGCACGAAUACAUUUGCCACUGUAUGGAUGGAUUUAUUGGAAACAACUGUGAAAAGCGCCAAGAUCCUUGCUCACCAAAUCCAUGUCGUUUUGGAGGUCAAUGUAGAAAACAAGGGCACGAUUUCACUUGCACAUGCCCAGCUCGCCGAGAUGGCAAAACAUGUGAGUUGGAAAGAGAUGACGUUUGCAGUAGUAACCCAUGCAAAAAUGGAGGUUCUUGCAAAGAGAGUGCUGACAGAAAUUCAUUCUUCUGCUUAUGUCGUCCUGGAUAUCGCGGUAAUCAUUGUGAAGCUUUAGUUGACUCGUGCCGACCUAACCCUUGUAUGCACGGAGGAAUAUGUAUAAGCUUAAAACCUGGUUACAAAUGCAGCUGCUCGAAUGGUCGCUAUGGUACGCACUGCGAAAGUACAACUUUUGGAUUCGGCGAACUGUCUUACAUGCAAUUCCCAUCACUCGAUGCGUCAACAAACGACAUUACUAUAAUAUUCGCUACUACAAAGCCAGAUGCUCUCUUGCUUUACAACUAUGGCGCACAGACAGGAGGAAGGUCAGAUUUUAUUGCAAUAGAAUUGCUUGGAGGAAAACCUGUGUUUUCAUUUGGUGGCGCCAGAACAUCAAUAACUUCAGUUGCCAUAAUGAAUACUAAUAAAAACUUAGCUGAUGGCAGUUGGUAUAAACUCACCGCUACCAGAAACGGUCGAGUGAUUUCUCUAAGUGUGGCAGCUUGUACUGAACAUGGAGACGUCUGUACAGAAUGUGAUCCUGGCGAUGAUUCAUGCUACGAUGACGACACAGGACAAGCGGGUACUUUGAACUUCAACAAUGAACCAUUGCUCAUCGGCGGCCUUCACAAAGCAGAUCCAGUUCUUGAGCGACCGGGUCAAAUACAUUCUGAUGACUUCGUUGGAUGCAUGCACAGUAUCACCAUCAAUGGACGCCUGCUUAACCUUACAAACCCGCUGAAGGCUCGAAGUGUUGAACCGAAAUGCGAACGCUCAGAAAAGGGAGCCUGCUUCAAGAAAGAUGUUUGUGGUACAGGACAAUGUUUGGAUAGGUGGAGAGCCAAUUUAUGCAAGUGUAAAGGUAAUUUAAUUUCACCCGACUGUGGCCUUUCACUUCAAUCUAUUUCAGUAGCUGAGAAUGGAUUUGUUACUUACACAAUCUCAGAGAAACACCGGAGGAUGCAAUUACUUGAAACAUUUUAUGGAGGCAAUACUAACUGGUCCAAGAAAAAUGGAAAAUCCUCCGGCAAAGUCAUUCCUAAAGUCAAUAGCCCAGCAAAAAGUUUGUCUCUAUUUUUUAGAACUCAUAGAAAAGAUGGUGUUCUAUUUUACUCAGCAACCGACAAAUAUUACACUUUGAUAGAACUGCUGGAAGGAAAAGUAAGUUACACCUCGAAACAGAACACAGUUGUAAACAUGACUCAAUCUGAACAAAACGAUGUUUCUGACGGUAACUGGCACAAUGUCACCUUAGUGUCAGUCGGUAGAAGUAUACGCUUAUUGGUGGAUAACAAAAAUGUAGGCGAAGAGCUCGACGCUGCUGGCGUUCAUGACUUUUUAGACCCCUACUUGACUAUAAUAUCAAUAGGUGGUGUUAAAAAUGAAUGGAUUUCUACAGCAAGUCAGAACAAGUUCGAAGGCUGCUUAGCGAAUUUCUCUAUUAACAAUGAGAUUCAACCAUUCAGUGGAAACGGAAGCAUAUUCAAAGAAACCAUUCAUAGAGGCAAAAUAUUAAACGGUUGCCACAGUGCUUUUGGUGUUGGAGCAGCCCAGAAUCAUCCUUUACGCAUUGGAAUAACACUUGUGAUAGUAUUUUUCGUAAUCUUGUUGGUAGCGAUAUCAGUCUCUAUAAUCUUUUACCGACUUCGAAAACAGAAAAAAGAAAAGGGUAAUGGAUCAGCAAGUAAAAGCAAUAUUGUGCAUUCAAAGCAAAACGGCGGUCCCGCUAUGUUAAACGCGCCAAACUUGAUUGCUGGUACAAAUGAUAGUAUAAUGAACCGAAACCUUCAUAAUAAUGACACUAGUCUUAACAGUUACAUGUCAGAUAACGCCGAUAUCACCAGAAAUGUUGGACACAUUGUCGGACCAGAAUUAUUAUCAAAGAAAUAUAAAGAUCGCGAAAUAAUGAACAUAGAUCCUCCAAGACCUCAACGACCAGAUAUUAUCGAACGAGAGGUUGUUGGUAAGAGUCCGGCCCUCAGAGAAGAUCAUCACCCACCUCCACCACCAUCUACAAAUACAUCUCACCACACCCACGAUCACCCAAGUGGUAUGGACCUCAAUUCAGAAGUACCAGAACAUUACGAUCUUGAAAAUGCAAGUUCCAUCGCACCCUCAGAUAUAGAUAUUGUCUACCAUUACAAAGGAUUUCGGGAAGCAGCUGGCAUUCGAAAAUACAAGGCUACACCACCACCGAUAGCUGGCUACCACCAUAAGCAUCAAACACCUCAACACCGCCACUCUCCACAUCAUCCGAGUGGUUAUCCAUCUCGAGUACCGCAGGCGGCGCAACCUCCUCCGCAACCGAGACAACAUCAAACAACACCGUUAGCACGGUUAUCUCCAAGUAGUGAACUGAGCCAGCAACCGAGAAUAUUAACGCUGCACGAUAUAUCCGGCAAACCAUUGCAGAGUGCAUUGCUAGCUACAACAUCGAGUUCAGGUGGAGUUGGUAAAGACGCACUUCAUAGUAACAGCGAACGAAGUUUGAACAGCCCCGUCAUGUCACAGUUAAGUGGGCAAAGUUCUUCUGCAGGGAGGAAAACACCUAGCGCGCCUCCUCAGGUUCCACAAGUAGUGUCUGUCGGUUCUGGAGCGGUGGGCCUGACUGCAGAGGAAAUUGAAAGAAUGAAUGCCAGACAAAGAACAUCGAGUUUGGUUUCAACAUUAGACGCAGUGUCCAGUUCAAGCGAGGCACCUCGAGGAGGAGGGGUCGGCCACCACAUUUCACAUAGACAUCAUUCACCACCAGACGAUAAUAGAAGCUCAACAGGUUCCGAUGAUGAAAGUGGAAAUGAUAGCUUUACUUGUUCUGAAAUAGAGUAUGAUAAUAAUAGUAUAAACGCAGAUAAGUUAGAAGAUGUAAGAAGACAGAAUGUAAGUAGUGGAAGUAACCCUAAGAAACCGAUAUUGCCACCACCGUAUGAAAGUUUUGACUCAUCAUUCCGUGGUUCUCUCAGUACUCUAGUCGCAUCUGAUGAUGACUUAGCCCCGCAUGUUAGUUCAGCGCUGUAUCGGCAAGCGAAUGGUUCCCCUGCGUCUGCGGCUCUCGGCUGGGGACCAGCAGCUCUCGAUUUGUUCAACUGGGGCCCAAACUUCGAGAGCAUGAUAGAUGUAUUCAAAGAUAUAGCUGAAUUACCUGACUCUGUUAAUGGAAGAAUGUCUUCCUCGUUAAGACUGCAGAAUGGCACACCCAAGCCGUCAGAAGAAUACGUUUAAUGUAAGAAUUUUUAGCGUAAGAUUGUAAAUAGCACUAUAUUUGUUUAAGAUUUUGUAAAAAGAUUGUUGUGAUCUUGUAUCAAGGUCUCUAUAUUUUCUUGCCAUAUAUUGUUUAUAUGUUUUCAUAAUUGAUGUGAAUGUGAUGGUUAUUGUGUAUGUAAUGUCAAGGCAUAAGUACUUUCACGCACUUUUACCUUAAAGGCGUGAGAGCCAGUUUUACGCUACUCAAAAAACGAUGUGUAAAUUCAGGUGACUACAGUCAGUCGGUGUUUGUCACUUGUUUUAAGCAACAUGCGGGUUCUAUGCCUUUAAGUAUAGUUCUGUUUAUUGUCACUUGAAGCUAGUAAUAUAUCAAAUAAAAGAAGGUCGAAGUUAUCCCAGACUCAGAUAUUAAAUUUUUCAUCCGCAUUGCGAUUCUACCCAUGUGUUUUGUAUAUUACUGCUUCAAAAUAUAAAACCUCAUUGUACAUAGUUUGUAAAUAUAAUUAUAUCCGAAAACAAUCUGUGUAUAAAUGUAACAGUGAAUUAUGUUAGUUCAAAUUUUAACUCAAAAAUUAAAAGGCUCUGAUUGUCUGGGUAUAGUAAAUAGUGUAUUGUGCUCAACCGUCGUGUAAAUAAUAUGAAUACGCUUAUUUAAUGGAAUCAAAUAAAUCCAUGUGAUAAUGUUUGUGAACACAUAAUUCUACGUUGUCAGUUUUCGUUGAGACGGAAAUAUAAUACAGUCAGAGCUUUCUUUCCUGUUAUUGAUUUUAUCGCCAUAUUAUUUAGUAAAGUGCCAAAUGACUUUAAAUAAUUUUAAAUAACUGACUGAUUUCAUAAAUAAAAUAUAAAUUAAAAUUCUU